CCUCUCCUAGCAAUAAUCUAAGACUUUUCUCUCUCAAAAUACCUUCUCUCUAGAGCUCGUCACUUAGGUAAUGUCUAUGUCCUUUGUCUGUCUCUUGUCUCUCACCUCCUAAACCUUUACAUCUCUAUAAUAUACCAACAUCUCCACUCAGUCUUCCUUGCUCACUAAGCAUUAAUUAUCCCACUAUUUCAAGUGAGAAUCUUGCAAGUUUUAUCAUGGAAUCAAACCAACAUGAUGAAGAGUCGAAGAGCUCAAGUGACGAAGAGGAAAUUACCGACCGAUCCGAUCAAGAUACGGGCGCCGGCCGGUCCUAUGAGUGUGUUUUUUGCAAGAGAGGAUUCACUACAGCACAGGCUUUGGGAGGACAUAUGAAUAUUCAUAGGAAAGAUAGGGCCAAGUCAAGGCCUAGCUCAGUUCCUUCACUUUCAAGCAAAGUUGAUGAGGAUUAUGCAAGUUUUCAAGGCUAUCCCCCAAUUCAAAGCUACCCACCUCACUACCCUACGCCUCAUGAGGUACAUAUAAAUUACCAAACGUUUUUUCCGGCAUCGACAACAUGGGGUAUAGGAUCCCCAUAUGCACAGCAACACAAUGGUGAUUUCUAUGUGCAAAGUCCACAUCAUUUGUAUCCACUCGGAGACGAUUGGAGAAGGAGUCUAAGCCUGCAAAUUGGUCCAUCCCAUGUGGAUGAUAAUACCAAAGAAAAAAUAGAAGACGGCAUUGGAGCAGAUGAUGAAUUGGAUUUGGAGCUUAGACUUGGUCACGAUCCAUAAUAUUCUAAUUAGCAAUUGAUGUGCCGAGAAGACAUGCAUGGUAGAGCUAGGGAGAAGGAAUGAUUAAAGAUUUUCUUCUCUUGGCCCCUCAAAAGGAAGGAGGGGGGGAUUACUAUUUCACUCUAUGAUCAUCAAUUGCAGGCUACUGAUGUUGAAGGUAGUUUUGUUGUAGCCUUCAUUCAGUGUCUAAUAACCCUAGAUUCAUUUAGGGUUCUGUAAGUUUUCUUUUCUUUACAUGUGCUGUCAAAUUAUGAUGUAAUUCUACUUA